CAUGCACUUGCAUGUUGAUGUCGGUCGUGUUCUGAGGAAUAAUUUAGAAAGCUGCUGACGUUUUUUUUGUGCUUUAUGCUCUGAUUGCGCGUUGGUCAUUGAAUUAUGAGUAAGAGCGUCGAUGCUGGUUGUGCGAACAAAGGCAAAAUGACCGGGGAAAUUCGACUGCUCACCUUAAAAACCGAGUCCGAGUUGGAAGGGUUGAAUGGCUAUUUGGCCAGCGCGAGUUACCUGAGCGGCGAGGUGCCCACGCAGAUCGAUCGAGUCGUGUUUGACUCUUUGUCCGGCCCUCCCAACCCUGAGAAAGUCCACCUUGCAAGAUGGUAUAAGCACAUAGCAAGUUUCAGUGCUGACGCGCGCAAACAAUUCACCGGAGUCAACUGCGACCUGACUGGAAUCUCAGUUACUCUCGGACCUGAGCUCGCCAAAGGUCUCUGCACGACGAGUGCCAAGCCUAAGAAGAAAGGAAAGGGAGAGGACAAGCUGGUUUUGAAGACUGCUAAGGGCACCAGGGACUAUGGCCCGCAACAGAUGGCCCUCAGGGCUGAUGUCCUGGAGAAAAUUGUCAAAUGUUUCCACAGGCAUGGAGCUGAGACAAUCGACACUCCAGUUUUUGAACUGAAGGACGUUUUGACUGGCAAAUAUGGAGAAGACUCCAAGCUGAUUUAUGAUUUGGCUGAUCAAGGAGGGGAAAUCCUGUCCCUCCGCUAUGACCUGACUGUUCCCUUUGCCCGUUACGUGGCCAUGAAUAAGAUUGCCUCAAUCAAGAGGUACCAAAUCGCCAAAGUCUACCGAAGAGACAAUCCUGCCAUGACUAGAGGCAGAUACAGAGAAUUCGUGCAAUGUGACUUUGACAUUGCUGGCACGUACGAUCCGAUGCUGCCAGACGUGGAGUGCGUCAGAGUGGUCAGCGAGAUCCUGGAAAGCCUUAAGCUGGGGCAGUACAGCAUCAAAGUGAACCACCGAAGACUGCUGGACGGUCUUUUCGAGUCGUGUGGCGUGCCCGAAGACAAGUUCCGCUCCAUUUGCUCAGCAGUCGACAAGCUGGACAAGUGCACGUGGGAGGCCGUGAGGGAGGAGAUGGUCGGCGAAAAGGGUCUUUCUGGGGACGCAGCCGACCUGAUCGGAGAGUACGUCAAGCUAAGCGGCGGCUCCGAACUGGUGGAAAAGCUGCAGGCCGACCCACGGCUCCAGAGCUCCAAAGCGGCAGCAGAGGGCUUGGAAGCCAUGAAACUCUUCCUGCACUACUGUUCUCUCUACGAACUGACUGGCACUGUCAAGCUGGACCUUAGUUUGGCCAGGGGCCUCGACUACUACACUGGCAUUAUUUAUGAGGCUGUUUUGCAAGAACAGGCCGGUGAAGAGUCUGUAGGCAGCGUGGCCGGCGGCGGCCGGUACGACGAGUUGGUCGGAAUGUUUGACCCCAAGGGCCGCAAAGUGCCCUGCGUUGGUGUCAGUAUUGGCGUUGAGAGGAUUUUCUCGCUGCUGGAGGCGAGGAAUGAAGACCAGAGCAUCAGGUCAUCACCCACCGAUGUCUUUGUGGCCUCCGCUCAAAAGGGUCUGCUCGAGGAGAGAAUGAAGAUUUGCACCAUGCUUUGGAAGGCUGGAAUCAAGGCGGAGCAGUCGUAUAGGGCGAACCCGAAGUUGCUGGCGCAGCUGCAGCAGUGCGAGCAGAGCAAGAUCCCUUUGGCCGUGGUGCUAGGCGAAAGCGAAUUGCAGAACGGUGAGGUCACAGUGCGUGUCGUCAAGAGCCGAGAGGAAAUUAAGGUGAAGCGCGACACACUCGUCAACGUUCUCCCCGAAUUAUUGGCCACCCUCAGGGAGAAGGAAAAUUCACUGUGUGAAAAGAAAUAAAGCCAAACAGAGCCAAGCUUUUUUAACUGCACAUCGCUAAA